UCCUUGGGUAUCUUAUGAAGAUAACGCACCUUAUGAUAUGACAAUUCAUGCAAUGAAUGAUUUAAAUAAGAACAGUCGUACCUUUAAAAAUACAUAUUAUAGAACUUAUGCUACAUCUAUCACGAGCCAAGAUCCACUUACAAAAUUUCAUCGACCACAAUUUUCGCUCCUGUUCCCACUUCCAAUUUACUUUUUAUCUUGCCAAAUAGGUAGCUUUAAAUUUUCACCCAACACCAACCAAUUUCCUAUAGAUCCAGAAAAAGAAUUACCUAAUUGGUACGAAAAUGAUGGAGUAUGUCCAAAAAUUUCACAAAUGCAUCCCGGUGGAUUUGAAUGCAAUGAUGAAAUGUGUAAACAUCAUAAAGGACUUCCAAAUCUUAUCGAUGAUGAAAUAGUAAAAAAUAAUUUAAAAUAUGAACCAGGAAAAUGGGAUGUUUGGGAAAUAAAAUCCAUUUCACAUUUUGGUCUUGUUCCAGUUUGGUAUGGAACUGAAACUCAAGAAUUAUUUUUCAGAGGAUACAAAGAAUAUUUAGAUUGUUUGGAUAAACUCGAUGUCGACAAAAUAGUUAGUAAAUGA